CGCCCCUGCCUACCUCACCCCAAUUCCACAGAGCCUGAUCCCUUCUCUCUUAUCUCUCGGAAUUCAUUCAUUCCAGUUAUGACUGCCGAGGGCACUGGACCCAAAUUUCUGCCAGGGCUUUAUCCUUGAACCGACCGACAGGAGCGCUCUUAUCAGCCCUCCUCCAUCAAUGACCGAUGACCCAAACUGUCUCCGUGGAACUAAAGCGUGGCUGUUGGUUUUAGACUCCCGAAGUCUGACCCUCACCCCCUCCUCCCAAGGGAGUGGGGGGGGGGCACCCUUUGCUCCCUCGGCAUGAAUCAUUAACGAACUCCGUCGGGCAUGCGCUUCGGGCGCACGGGGGAGGGAGCGGAAUCUGAGAAAAGAGAAAACUCUAUCUCUAGGGGAUGUGAAACUUUAGCCGGGGAGGCUCCCUCCUGCAUCUCCCCAUCCCCCCCCCCCCACCUCCUCCUUCUCCUCCUCCCUCCCUCCCUCCCUUCCUCCCUUCCUCUCUCCUUUCCUCCCUCCCUCCCUUCCUCUCUGCUUGCAGUUACCGCGAUGCUCAGUCGCAGCGCUGUAGAAGCAACCUUAGCAUUAGCAGCAUUAGCAGAAGCAGCAAAAGGCUGCGCGGCGGCGGCGGGAGCCGGCCACUAGGAAGGAUGCUGAAGGCAGAGAAGAGAUAAAUCCCCCGCAGCGCGGCGGCCCUCCCCUCCCCUCCCCCACCCCACCCUCUCCACUCCCUCAAAGCUCCCGCCGUCGCCGUCAGCCCCCGCAGACGACAAUAGCAGCCGGGGGGAGCGGAGCGGAGCUGGGCUGCUGCGGCUCCCACGGCUGCUGCUCUGGAUUGGCGCGGCCACCGGGAGGCUCAGGUAUUGUUCACCUGCAGUAGCAGAGACGGCCGGGGCCGGGAGGCCCCCGGGCGGGGAGGCGGAGAGGAGGCGGCGCCGCGCCCGAGGGGCCGGCAGCAUGCCUCUGCGGCUCCAGCCCCGGGGUGCGGGGACAAAGAACCCUUCAGCCGCGUCGUCCUCGUCGUCCGCCCCGGCGCUGACGGCGGCCUCCCCUUCCCCGACCCUCCCCGGACCGAAGCCUCUGCUGCGCUGGGACGAGGUGCCCGACGACUUCGUGGAGUGCUUCAUCCUGUCAGGUUACCGGCGGUUGCCUUGCACGGCGCAGGAGUGUGUGGCGUCGGUGCUGAAGCCCACCAACGAGACGCUCAACUUCUGGACGCACUUCAUCCCGCUGCUGCUGUUCCUAAGCAAAUUCUGCCGCCUCUUCUUCCUGAGCGGCCGCGACGACCUGCCCUUCCACCACCCGUGGCUGCUGCCCCUGUGGUGCUACGCGUCGGGCGUUCUGCUGACCUUCGCCAUGAGCUGCACGGCCCAUGUGUUCAGCUGCCUGUCAUUGCGGCUGCGCGCCACCUUCUUCUACCUGGACUAUGCCUCUAUCAGCUACUACGGCUUCGGCAGCACAGUGGCCUACUACUACUACCUGCUGCCGGGCCUCAGCCUGCUCGAUGCCAGCGUCAUGACGCCCUAUGUGCAGCAGCGCCUGGGCUGGCAUGUGGACUGCACGAGGCUCAUAGCAGCAUACCGAGCACUAGUACUGCCGGUGGCCUUCGUGUUGGCCGUAGCCUGCACCGUGGCGUGCUGCAAGAGCCGCAGCGACUGGUGCACGUAUCCAUUCGCACUGCGCACCUUCGUGUUCGUCAUGCCGCUCAGCAUGGCCUGCCCCAUCAUGCUGGAGAGCUGGCUCUUCGACCUGCGUGGGGAGAACCCCACGCUCUUCGUGCACUUCUACCGCCGCUACUUCUGGCUUGUGGUGGCCGCCUUCUUCAAUGUGAGCAAGAUCCCAGAGCGCAUCCAGCCGGGGCUCUUCGACAUCAUCGGCCACAGCCACCAGCUCUUCCACAUCUUCACCUUCCUCAGCAUCUACGACCAGAUGCACUAUGUGGAGGAGGGCCUGCGCCAGUUCCUCGAGGCCCCGCCCGCCUCGCCCACUUUCUCGGGCACAGUGGGCUACAUGAUCCUCCUAGUGCUCUGCCUGGGCCUGGUCAUCAGGAAGUUCCUAAACGUGGCCGACCUGUGCAAGGAGGACUGAGGCUGCACGAAGGAGGAGACGGACCAACGGAAAAGGAGAGGUGGGGGCCAGGCGGCCACUUGGUCAACCCUCCUGGCUCCACGGUGGGAGUUCCCAGGUGGGGCUUCUUGAUCUGGCAGGUUUGGCUUCGUUGGUUUUCCUCUCUCCACUGGAGUGGAUGCUGCAAAACCGCAGGGGGUAGGGGGCCAGAAUACUCCCAGCCAGCAUCGGACCCCAACCCCCCUCACCCAAGCCUUUGCAUGGCCCUUAACUGACCGGGAAGCAAUCAAGCCACUGGGGGGAGGGGAGGAGAAGAAAUGUUCAUGUUAUGGUUCAGAAAAAAGAGAAAAAAACGCAGAGGACAGCCUUGUGAUUUGGGGGGAGGGGGACGAUCAGUGGGAUUUUAUCUUUUCUUUAAAUGCACAACUUGCUUUUAGGACAACUAUCCCCCUAGAUUGUGCCCCCCCCCAGAAGUGAAAGAGGGUUGAUAAUCAUUUUAAAGCCUACUGCUGCUUCCACGCUCUUGGGCUCUCUAAGAAGAGUUGGGAGCCCAGUAAUGUAAUCAUGAUGUUUUAACCUGCUAGAAAAUGCAUGGAAAUGUGAACACAAGUUUAAUUAUUUCAA